UAAGGCUGACUUGUGAGGGGCUGAUCUGGAGGUGGGAGGAGGGAGCAGCUGUCCGAGGAGGAGGCAGAGCCAGGAGGCACUAAGGAAACUCGGGCCACAUCUGUCUGAGCCUUGGCUAGACAGGAGGCAGACGGGAGGCAAACAGGGAGAGAGGAAGAGGCAGGCCAGCGGCACAAGCGGAGGAGCUGUCCCCCGGCCUCUCGCUCGCUCGGAGCCGGGAGCGCUCUGGAGACGCACAACCGGGCGGCUCGGCCCCUCGCCCCGGCGGGGACAGAUGCUGAGGGGCUCCGGCCACUGAGGACCGAUUGGAGGCCGUCGCCUCCAGGUGAGCCCCCGCGGAAGGACCGACGGGGUGACCUGCUCAGGCCGGGAUCGGCCUCCGGUCUCCUGGCCUCCCGCCUCGUGGGAUCCCAGCAUGGAGGAGGGAUCCGAUUUUGACAGCUACUACGCGGGGGAGAACCAGACUCUGGAGUGCGUGUACGCCGACUGGAAGUCGUCGGGCUCCCUCAUCCCCGCCAUCUACGUCCUGGUCUUCCUCCUGGGCACCACCGGCAACGGCCUGGUGCUCUGGACCAUCUUCCGGGGCAGCCGCGAGAAGCGGCGCUCGGCCGACAAGUUCAUCGCCAGCCUGGCGGUGGCCGACCUGACCUUCGUGGUCACCCUCCCUCUGUGGGCCACCUACGCGUACCUGGACUACACCUGGCCCUUCGGCGCCUUCGCCUGCAAGGUCAGCAGCUACUUGAUCUUCGUCAACAUGUACGCCAGCGUCUUCUGCCUCACCGGCCUCAGCUUCGACCGCUACCUGGCCAUCGUGCGGCCCGUGGCCAACGCGCGCCUGCGGCUGAGGGUGGGCGGCGCGGUGGCCACGGCGGGCCUGUGGCUGCUGGCGGCCCUGCUGGCCAUGCCCGCCAUGGUCUUCCGCUCGGUGGGCGAGCUGGAGAACAACACCAAGCUGGUGUGCUACAUGGACUACUCGCUGGUGGCCGCGUCGGGCUCCGAGCUGGCGUGGGAGGUGGGGCUGGGCGCCUCCUCCACCGCCCUGGGCUUCGUCAUCCCCUUCACCGUCAUGCUCACCUGCUACUUCUUCAUCGCGCGCACCAUCGCCGGCCACUUCCGGAAGGAGCGCAUCGAGGGCCUGCGCAAGCGGCGCCGGCUGCUCAGCAUCAUCGUGGUGCUGGUGGUCACCUUCGCCCUGUGCUGGCUGCCCUACCACCUGGUGAAGACCCUCUACAUGCUGGGCAGCCUCCUGCAGUGGUCCUGCGACUUCGACCUCUUCCUCCUCAACGUCUACCCCUACUGCACCUGCAUCAGCUACGUCAACAGCUGCCUCAACCCCUUCCUCUACGCCUUCUUCGAUCCCCGCUUCAGGGAGGCCUGCGCCGCCAUGAUGUGCUGCGGCCAGAGUGGGUGCUGGGGGGCCGCCCCCGCGGGGGGGGACAAGUCAGCCAGCUAUUCCUCGGGGCCCAGCCAGGGCCCCAGCCAGAACGCGGGGAAGGCCGGGGAGCAGCCCCAGGAGAAGUCCAUCCCCUACAGCCAGGAGACCCUGGUGUCCGACCAGAUCCUGGGAUAAAAAGCAUCCCUGGCCCGCCCUCACCCAGCUCCCCGAACCCCCGGGCAGAGCGCCGACUCUCGCUUCUCCCCGACUUGCCUCCUCGCAAUCCUUCCAGCCCCCCGGUUCUUUCUCUUCUCUUUUCCCUCUAUUUUUCUCUUCUUCUCCCUUUCCUAUCCUCUCCUGACUUUAAUCUCCCCAUCUCCCAACCCUAGGGAGGCCACGGGUCACAAGAGGCAGACCUGAGAUUUGCAUUUAUGUCUGGUGACUUCCAAACUAGGGCUCUUCUCCUUCUUUCUGCCUACCUCAGUUUCCACUCUCUGCUUUUCUAGCCUUUCCUAUUUUCUUUCCAAAGUCUUUCAAAGGGACUGGGAAUGGAGGAGCAGGAGGGAAUUGUAAAAAUUCUGCACACCCCCCCUCCAGGGAGACCACAGUGGUCUUUGGCCUGUUGUUACCGUAGGGAGGAUUUGGAGGAAAGAGGGAGCAGGAGAGGCUGCCUGCAGAGGAGGGGAGAAAGAGCAGGUUUCUGGACCACCGACGGUCAUCUCAAUGGCUCACUUGGGCAGCAGGCAGGGCCUCCUACCCUGUUGCCCACCACGAUGCCAGGUUGCGCUCCCCUGGAAAUGUAUUUUUCAUUUGAUAUUAGUCUGUCCCUCUUUAUACUGGGUAAGGAAAGGGGGAGGAGGACAAUGCCAUUGCUUGAGAUGGGGAAAACAGGAGGGGAUGUUGGUGGUCAAAUUCGUAAUGUCCCAUAGAGUUAUAGAUGGGGGGCAGUAGAGACCAGAAGAAUGACUGGGUUUAGUGCAGGAUGUAAGAUAAUGGGAGGUAAAGAAAUUGAGUGCUUCUUUUCUUUCUGUCUCUACUUUUUUUACUCUACAGACCUCCCUCCCAGACUGUGUUCCCUUGGACAUUUUGUAAAUUGUGUGUGUGUGUGUGUGUGUGUGUGUUUGUGUGUGUGUGUGUGUGUGUGUGUGUGUGAGAGAGAGAGAGAGAGAGAGAGACUUGAUCAUUGUCACAAACACUCCCCACCAUGUGCCCUAAUAUUUACCUUGCUGACUUCCUUGAAACUAAAGAAAUGGCUUAUUGGGGAGAUCUCACUCGUCCCUCCCUGGCAAUGGGCUCUGGCGGCUGGUCCGUCACUUCAGACGUGUUAAAUAAGACUCCCCUAUAGCUUCUGGGAUCCUUUCAUUUACUCAUCCUCUGGAAACUGUCCCAGCUGCAGGAGUCUGCAGAUUUGUCCCUGACUGGGGCUGGUGCAAUUUGCCUUUAGCCUGCCUUGUUCCAUUUCCCUUGGUCAAACUGGGGACAUUCAUUCAAGGCAGGUCCAGUGCUUUCCAGGCUUAUUCCCUAGAACGGGAGGGAGCCUCCUUUUUGCCCCUUGUUCUCAGGGGGAGUCACUGACUUCAGAGGCCAGGCCUAGAAGUGUGAGAGACACUGAGUCAAGUUUCACCUCAUGGGGGGAUGUCAGAAGGGUCUUUCUGGCUUCUGUCUCCUGGGUGUUUAUGGAGUAGGAUAUGGACAGGAUGGUACUCUUCAUGUCCCUCACGAGCCCUAGAGAAAGUAAUAAAUAUUGAUAACUUUUCGGGGUGGGGAACAAUGAGGGGUAUUGGCUCCAGAGAACUUGGGGAUAAAGAAUCAUGUGUAAGAACUCCCUCUUGGGCAAAGAUAUAGGAGCAAGAAAAGCCCAGCAUGACCACGUUAGCUGCCUCUGGGAGGUGGCAAAGGCCUUGGCUUCUGGACCGAGGGUGGGAGAGAAGGGUCAAGGGCCGGACUCAGAUGCCUCCUCCGACUCCAGACUCUGCGUUUGGUUUACUUUCUACAGGCACCUGUGCCCAGCCUUCGGAUGCCCCCAAACCAAGCACUCCAAGGACAAGGGCUUGGCCCUCCUGGCCUGGGAAGGGAAGGCGGUAUCAC